ACGAUACAUUCGGUGUGCGGUAAAAGUAAGCGGUUGUGAACGACUUUGGAUUGACAACAGAUCAUGUGAACUUGACAGGCAACUUUGAUGGGUGUAGUCAGCUCAAGUCAUCUUACUAUUCAAAAAAAUGGCAAGUUGCAUUAUAUAUGGUCUACAUGUUCAAGUCAAAGCCCACAUGAUCAGGGAUUCAAAUUUACAUCUAGUCACUUUCACUGAAUCAUUGAAUAGGAUGCAGCAUGAGCCACGUGUGUGGUGAGACCUCUAUAAAAAAGGAAAAGUCAACAAUUUUCAACAAGAUAAAAAGCGUUUCUUUGCAAAAAGAUUCAGUGCUCUUCCCAGAUAUUCAACCCACUAUAGUAAGGCAAAUGAGGAGAAAAAAAUGAAACGACUGAAGACCCGCAAGGAGAGGAGUCAAAUAAGAGGUGGCUGGAAAGAGACUUCAAAGAUCAAGUCAAAUCACCAUCAUCAUCACCAUCGCCAUCGCCAAAGCAACUUAGAUAUGGCACAUUUGCAUAACUGCUGUCAUGCUAGUUGUCAUUGUUCUUCAAGGAGAAAUCCACCAUUUCCAAGUAUUGUUCCCUCUGUGCAGGAGCCCAGUAUCAUCACAGACGGCCGCCUGACAGGACACCAUGGCCUGUUUAACCAUGAGGUGAAGUCUAUUGAUUUUGAACGCUUGCUAAGUGAACAGCCAAAACUGGAGGAACAAAGAAAAGAAAAGAACACUGUAAUUUCACAUUCAUCUUCAGCAUUGCACAAUUCUGCUCCAAUGUCUACUGAUGGUUUGUUGGGAGCUGAUACAGAUGUUGGGAGCUGUGUGUCAUUCAGAAAAAAUACAGACCCUGCUUCAAAAGACCACACUGACUGCCAAGAGAAAGAAAAGAAAAACAUGCAGUUUGAUUCAAAGCAAUCAGAUGUCACAACAGAGGAGAAACCACAACAACACCUCGCUCUUUCAUGUGAAAGUUUUCAAAGCAGCCACUCGUCUAAACACAGCUUCCUCGAUGUACUAACAACAGAAACCAAGUGGACAUGUGUCGUGUCUGAAAACAGCAGAGAAUCACUGCUGACUCCAGUUGUUGACAGAGACAAUAUAAAGACUUUCAACACAAAUGUAAAAGAACGUGUGAUUUCUACUCUUGUGCAAACCCCAACUCUCAGUUCAGCCAACAGCUGUGAGAUACAGGACAGAACGCAAGAUCCAAAGUAUGUAAUGAAGUUUGUCAGUGCAGUGGCAGCACGUUUGUGUCACCAUCUGAAGCUUCCGUCAAUGAGCAGGAGAGACGUGCUGUCAGAGAGCAGGGAGGUUCUGUUGAACUCUCUGAGGAAAAGGCAUGGACCGUGGCUUCAAGAGAACCUCCUUAGACUUCAGCAACAUCGUAGCUUUGCUGUGCAUCCCACAAAGAAAGCCCAAGAUCAUGAUCAAGAGCCAACCAGGAAAAAUGAAGAGGAUCUCUUUGCUGCAGAUACCUCUUUUAAUAUGCCAGCAAAUAGACAUGCCAGCUGGAAGACCAGUCCACAGCCACACUGCAGUCAAAAACAGGUUACUGAGUGGCUGGCGAGCCCUGCGGAUAGGGCCGACAGUGUUUUGGAUGAUAUCCUCAGACCAAGUCUCUCUCCUCCAUUGUUCAUGAACUUUCAGACCUGUGAAGCUCCAGAAAGCAUUUUGUUUGCUCCUUCUACCACUUUAUGCCAGAGAGAAGUGGCUUCUGUACCUGAGAUCUGGCAAGGUGGUUUAAAUUGGUCAAAGAGCAGAAAUUCAGCUAUGUUUGGUUCCUUUGAAAAUAGCUUCAUGGACCAAUCCAGCUUAUUUGGAAACAGGAGCCUACAGUACUCUGGCAGCAACCCCCAGCCUUUUUUUCCGUACCAAUUGCAGCUGCCAGAUACAUACACAGGAGAGCCAAUGCACAUUGCCCAGCAGGAAGACCCAUUUGGAACUGACAGGUACUCGUGUGUUCCCUCUUUUCCUGCCCCAGUUCAGCAUCAGAGCAAUCAUUUCCAACCUUCGAGCCAGUUCAGUCACCCUUCAGCUUGUUCUCCUCUGAAGUCCCAGCACACUGGUAUGAUGCACUACCCUCCGUCAUUCAUUCUUGAGAGAGACCCUGCACCUUCCCUUUCUGCUUUCCUGAGCCCUGAGCAAUGGUCCUUCCCUCCUAUGAGACUGUACUAAUGUGUGGUAAAGCUCUCCAUAGAGGCAUGGCUAUCAAUAUUUCUAUGACUGAUUAAAGUACAAUUGUCCUUUAAUUUAUGCACUUCAAGGUUUUUGUUUAGUCAGUGAUAAACACGUUAUGUUCCCAUAUUAAUAUAACCAUAGCAUUAAGCAUAGAUGCAAUAGCUAUCCACUGAAGAGUAGCCUGUCUUCUUCUAUUGUCCUGUUUUUGCUGAGUUAAGUAGCCAUGCAAUUAUGCAUCAUUUUCAACCUUUUGAAGCAUUUAUGUUUAUUUUUGACUUCUGUACAAUUAAAAACACAGAUGUUAUAAUGGAAUAUUAUUUGUUUGUGAAAGUUGUGCAUCCCUUUAAAUGCCAAACAGUAAUUUAAAAGAAAUUUGUAGAAAUUGCAUAUAUACGUCAAACACUGCAAAACAUAAAAUUAACAAAAGCUGCUCUUACAUUUAUAACACAUUACAUUGUAUUUUACAACAUCAUUUCAAGGUUAAUUG